AUGGCCUCCACGAAGCCCUCGCUCUCCGCGACCUACACGUCGACCACCAACGCGCCCUUCACCAUCUCCCGCCCGCUCCAAGCCCCCGCCGAUAGCACGACGGUGGAAAGCAAGACCAAGUACCUCUCAGAGCUCCGCCAAUCCGUCGUCGGCCUGCAAGAGCAGGUCAACCGCGAGCUCACGGCCCGGAUGGAGGAGGACAAGGCGCGGGAGGCGAGCGCAGGCGGGGCCGCCGGCGCGAAGGCUGUCGACGACGAGAAGGAGGAGGAAAACUACGGGGAGGAGGCGCAAGAGGAGGAGGUUUAA